CAGCCAUUAAAGUCACCACGAGUUCUUUGAUAUCUUAAGAACUCAUUUCAAAGGUUGGAUCUUUCACCUUCAAUUCAAAUACCCAGAUCUAAUUCUCUCGUGGGCUUUUAUCAAAUCAGUAAUGGAGACUUUCCUAUUCACUUCUGAAUCUGUGAACGAGGGCCAUCCCGACAAGCUUUGUGAUCAGGUUUCAGAUGCCAUCUUGGAUGCGUGUCUCGAGCAAGAUCCCGAAAGCAAAGUUGCUUGUGAGACAUGCACCAAGACCAACAUGGUCAUGGUCUUUGGUGAGAUCACAACCAAAGCUAAUGUAGACUACGAGAAGAUUGUGCGUGACACUUGCCGUGCAAUCGGAUUUGUUUCUGAUGAUGUCGGUCUUGAUGCUGACAAGUGCAAGGUUUUGGUCAACAUUGAGCAACAGAGCCCUGAUAUUGCCCAGGGUGUCCACGGUCAUCUUACGAAGCGCCCUGAGGAUAUUGGUGCUGGUGAUCAAGGUCAUAUGUUUGGGUAUGCCACAGAUGAGACCCCGGAGUUGAUGCCUCUCAGCCAUGUCCUCGCAACCAAGCUUGGUGCGAAACUCACUGAAGUCCGCAAGAAUAGAACCUGCCCUUGGUUGAGACCCGAUGGCAAAACCCAAGUCACCGUUGAAUACUACAACGACAAUGGUGCUAUGGUUCCAGUACGUGUACACACAGUUCUCAUUUCUACGCAACACGACGAGACUGUGACUAAUGACGAGAUCGCUGCUGACCUGAAAGAGCAUGUUAUUAAGCCUGUGAUCCCCGAGAAGUACCUUGACGAGAAGACCAUCUUCCAUCUUAACCCAUCAGGCAGAUUCGUCAUUGGUGGCCCACAUGGUGAUGCUGGUCUCACUGGCCGUAAGAUCAUUAUCGAUACUUAUGGAGGCUGGGGAGCCCACGGAGGUGGUGCCUUCUCCGGAAAGGAUCCCACCAAGGUCGACAGGAGUGGAGCCUACAUUGUUAGGCAGGCAGCCAAGAGCAUUGUCGCCAACGGGCUUGCUCCUCGUUGCAUUGUUCAGGUGUCGUAUGCCAUUGGUGUGCCAGAGCCAUUGUCCGUGUUUGUCGAUACUUACGGCACCGGAAAGAUCCCAGACAGAGAGAUUCUCAAGAUUGUGAAGGAGAACUUUGAUUUCAGGCCCGGUAUGAUGUCGAUCAACCUGGAUUUGAAGAGAGGCGGUAACGGCAGGUUCUUGAAGACUGCUGCCUAUGGUCACUUCGGAAGGGAUGACCCCGAUUUCACAUGGGAGGUGGUGAAGCCCCUCAAAUGGGAUAAGCCUCAAGCUUAAAUUUGUAUGUGCCGAUUCUCUGCAACUUAAAAGUGUUAUGUUGUUUGCUUGGUUUUGCCUGAAUGGCUUUUUUAUUUUUAAUUUUUUUUAAGCUACCCCAUAUAUAAGUAUAUAUGCGGUCUUGAGAGUAUUAAGAAUUAUUAAAAAGUGUAGUAGAAAGAAUGAAAGAGUCAGCUGCUGUCAUUUGUUUGAUAAUCA